CCUGGGAUCAAGUCAGUCAGUGCACCUGCAUGUAAGUACCUACCUACAUGUAAGUAAGUACUUGGCCGUGGAAUAGACUGAAAUACCCGAGUGAAGACAUGCUUCCAUUCCUCGUGUCUGCCAAACUUUCUUUUCUGCUACCAUCUCUUCUUGCUCCUUCGAUGGUCGCGUACCAUAAGGCUGUCUCAUAUUGCUUCAUACUACGGCUUGUCGGCGGCACGGUUGCAUGUUAGCCCGAUCGACUGCAUACUGCCAAACAUCAAUUGCCCGUCCUACCCGCUCCCAACAACCAUUAUCAUCUGAUAGCCGACCUGGUAUAACCUGACCGUCAUCUUGCACGAUAGGUGGGGUCCGUGGUAUUUGGAGUUGGCUCUCCGCGAGGAGGCCAGGUGAAAUUCGUCGGGCUGUUCGACAAGAGUAGUCUCAGGCUUGAACAACAACAUGAGCUUUGCCUCGUGUUCGUGGCCGAUAUGGCAGGUCGAUGACUUCACUACCUGCUUCCAAUCCGAUUACCUCCAGAUCCUCCUCCCAUUAAUAGUAAUAUGCGCCUCCUUCCUUCUCCUCGUUGCUCAAUCAAUACACCGUAAAGUCAAGCUAAGAAGACCCCAUGGAUAUAAUCGCCUUGGUGAGCCGCAAGAUCACACGGAGAUUCCACCUGACGAGGGUCCUGUGUUGGAUACCGAAGACGAGGAGGACGAUGACCUGUCGAUUCAUGCCAACGGUGGCGGCCGUCUCGCGCUCGUGAAGACGACUACUCGGGGUUCUAUUGUGCAAGCUGAUAACCCACCUGCCCAGCACUUGAUCGUUGUUAUAGAGGAAGCUUCGAUAUGUGGCUUAAUAGCUGUCCGGAUACUUGCUCUCAUAAGUGAAGCAUACGCUGGGCAUGGUCAUAUUGCCGCUAUUGUCGGUGUGUUAACUUGGGCUUAUGUGCUAGUGCUUGUUACGCUGCGCCUGUUCCUGGGAAAUACUGUUUGGCGCAUUCCUCAUCUAUGGAACCACACGACAACCAUAUACGGCCUCCAAUGGCUCUUUACUAUUUCUCUCUUUCGGUCUGUCCUUAUCCAUGCGAGCUCCCAGAUGACUCAGAUCCUUGUCGUGGUCGAGUUUUCUCUUACAACCCUGCUAUUUGGCCUUGCUUUGACUACUAGGAAAGGGAAUAAGACGAUACUGAUGGAGUGGGAAGACAAUAUUGAACCAUCGCGAGAACCAUUAGCUUCUGUAUUUUCCCUCGCUACCUUUUCCUGGGUUGACCCUAUUCUCUGGCAAGGUUACAAAGAGCCUUUAGAGAUGGCAAAGGUUUGGAACUUGAUGCCGCGCGAUAAGGCCGCUGUUGUUCUCGCCCACUACCGCCAGGUCAAAAAGACGACUUCGUUGGCCCUUCACCUGGCCAAGUACUUCAAAGGCAUGCUGAUUGUGCAGUGCCUUUGGGCUGUUUUUUCUGGAUUCUUUGCUUUUGCACCAACUCUUCUACUCAGGGCUAUUCUCCAGUAUGUUGAAACGCCACAGAUGGCACCAAGAAACGUUCUUUGGCUCCUGGUAAUCUUGCUUCCUGUGACGGAUGUUCUUCGGUCCAUCGCCGACAACCAAGCUCUAUGGAUAGGGCGAAAAAUCUGUAUUCGCAUUCGGGCCAUCAUCAUAGGCGAAAUAUAUGCCAAAGCGCUUAGACGCAAAGCGGCAAGUGGCGCACACACGGUUCUUGGCGAGACUGGCAAAGAUGAUGCGAAGGUUACGCAACUUCAAAGGAUAAAGCGCUUUUUCGGUUUCGGAAAGAAGGAAAAGAAGGAUAACCAGGAGAAUGCUGCUGCCUCCAAGGACCCAGCCAAGGCUAAUGAUGAACAAGCUAACUUGGGAACGAUUAUCAACUUGAUGUCAGUUGACAGCUUCAAGAUAUCUGAGUGUACGUCAUAUCUACACUUCCUCUUGGCUUCUGCACCAACUAUGCUUUUCGUAUCGAUUGCUCUCCUCUGGCAGGUUAUGGGGCUCAGUGCGAUUCCCGGUCUCAUUGUAAUGGUAUUCCUACUCCCUAUCAACAUAUUUCUGGCCAAGGGUUUCAAUUACACCCAAAAGAAGAUCAUGGCUGCUACUGACAAGCGGAUCCACACUACAAACGAAAUCCUUCAGAACAUUCGAAUCAUCAAAUAUUUCGCGUGGGAAGAACGUUUUGGUGCAAUUGUGGACGACAAGCGGAGGGCCGAACUUAAAGCUCUAAGAAAUAGGUAUAUUGUUUGGGCACUUGCUGUUGCUAUUUGGAAUACGGUGCCAAUACUGAUUACCUUUUUCUCAUUCUUGAUGUACACGAAGUUCGAAAAGAAGCCUCUGUACCCUUCGAUCGCCUUUACGGCUAUUUCACUCUUCCUUCUCCUAAGGAUUCCCUUAGAUCAGCUUGGUGAUAUGCUGGCUCACGUCCAAGAAGCCAAGGUAUCUGUCGACCGUGUUGAAGAAUUUUUGAUGGAAGAAGAGACAGAAAAAUAUCAGCAGCUAGGGCAGGACAACAUGAACGAAGAAGGGCGCAAGGUGAUUGGCUUCCGUAACGCAACAUUCAUCUGGGGCAGUAAAGAUGCUGUUGCCGCAGAUGGAUCGCUGGCUUUCCGCCUCAUGGAUUUGAACAUUGAUUUCAAAAUUGGGAAGCUUAACGUUAUCGGUGGUCCUACUGGCUCCGGUAAGACCUCCAUGCUAAUGGCACUUCUCGGUGAGAUGACAUUGACGAAGGGAAAUGUUUAUCUUCCUGGUGGUCGUAGCCGAGAGGAAGUCCGUCCGGAUCCUGCCACUGGACUGGCUGAUACCUGUGCCUACGUCGCUCAAACCGCUUGGCUCGUCAACGCUAACAUCAAAGAGAACAUCUUAUUCUCAUCAGCAUAUGAUGAAAAGAGGUAUAAAGAUGUGUUAGUGGCUUGUGCUCUAGAGCGAGAUUUGCAGAUACUGGAUAACGGUGAUGAGACCCUGGUAGGAGAAAAUGGUAUUACACUCUCCGGCGGCCAGAAGCAGCGAAUUUCACUCGCCCGCGCCGUCUAUUCAAACUCACAGCAUCUACUUCUGGACGAUUGUCUUAGCGCCGUCGACUCACACACUGCCAAAUGGAUUUUCAGCAACUGCAUCAACGGUCCCCUGAUGAAGGGAAGAACCUGCAUACUCGUCACACAUAAUACCACCCUUUGCGUUCCCUUGUCCGAGUACGUGGUGUUGUUAGACAACGGAAGAGUAGCCGCUCAGGGUCCGUCGCUUGAAGUUAUAGAAUCGGGAAAAUUGGGUGAGGAGAUGCGAAACAAAUCUCGACCAGGCUCUCAACAGGUCUCUCGUGUUCCGUCUCGAGCCCCAUCAAGUGUUGGCGAGGAGAGUGGGGAUACCUUGAUCAACGAUGCAGACGCAAAUGCUCAUGGAAAGCCUACACCGAAGAAGUCUGCACAGAAACAGGAUGCCAUGUCAGAAGACAAGGCUGUAGGUGCGGUGAAAUGGUCUGUCAUGAAGCUCUAUCUCAGCGCUAUGGGCCGUUGGUGGUUCUGGGUAGCUGCCGUUGUCGUAUUUACUACACAACAGCUUAGUGGAGUUGCUUCAAAUAUCUGGAUCAAAGAAUGGGCAAAUCAAUACGUAUCGGAAACUGAAGGCGUAUCUCGCAUCCAAUUCAGCAUUGCCUCUCAGAACUCCGGUAGUGCGUCGGUUUCUCAUUCUUAUUUUGCAUCCAUCGCGCAAUAUGCCAAAGGCACUACUAUGAGCAUGUUUGGGCCGAACCCAGAUUAUUCGAUGUUGGACGUUCCCGAAGUCAAUGUGGACUAUUACCUCACUAUCCUGGCUCUUAUCGGGAUAUCUGGGGCCUUCUUGGCCAUGGUACGUGACUUAUGGCUAUUCUAUGGUUCUUUGACUGCCUCCUGGAAACUUCACAAUCAAUUAAUGACGGCAGUCUCGCGGGCAAAAUUCAAGUUCUUCGAUGUGACACCGCUGGGACAAUUGAUGAACCGGUUUAGCAAGGAUCUGGAAGCUGUCGAUCAAGAGGUAGCAGGUGUUGCUAUAGGUGUCAUGACUUGCGCAAUGGGUAUUAUCAUCACUGUCGUGCUUAUUGCAGCUAUUACCCCUGGCUUCCUUGUUGCUGCUCUUUUCAUUACUGCUCUAUUUGCCCUUGUGGCAAUGUUUUAUCUCCGAGCUUCGCGUGAUCUUAAGCGACUAGAGUCCGUCAACCGAAGUCCUCUCUUCCAGCAAUUUGGUGAGACUUUGUCGGGAGUGACGACUAUCCGUGCCUAUGGUGAUGAGCGACGUUUCAUUCGUGAUAACCUGGGAAGAAUCAACAAACAAUCACGUCCGUUUAUCUUCUUGUGGGGCGCUAAUAGAUGGCUUUCAUUUCGAACGGAUGUUCUCGGCGAUCUUGUCGCCUUUUUUGCCGGCGUGUUCGUAAUCAUUAGCAUUGGGAAGAUUGACCCUGGCUCUGCCGGUCUCUCUUUGAGUUAUGCUAUUGGCUUUUCUGAAAACAUUCUCUGGCUCAUCAGAUUAUACGCGAUGAAUGAGCAGAACAUGAACUCCGUGGAGCGUGUUAAAGAGUAUCUCGACGUUGAACAAGAACCACCGGCAAUCAAUGAGAAGAACCGACCCCCUCAGAACUGGCCGGCCCACGGUGGUGUCGAAUUCAUCAGCUACUCUACGAGGUAUCGAAAAGAACUAGAUCCAGUGCUGAGAAACGUUACUUUCAAAAUUCAGCCUCGAGAGAAGGUUGGCAUUGUCGGUAGAACUGGUGCUGGAAAAAGCUCACUCACUCUUGCUAUUUUCCGAGCACUUGAAGCAGAGGCUGGUAAAAUAUUAAUCGAUGAUGUUGAUGUAGGAUUGAUUGGUCUCAAGGAUCUUCGGCAGGCCAUCACGAUUGUCCCUCAAGAUCCUACAUUGUUCACGGGUACCAUUCGGACCAACCUAGACCCGUUCGACUUGUACACUGACGAAGACGUAUUUGCGGCGCUCAGAAAGGUGCAUUUGAUUGGCCCGACCGAUGGUUUCCCUGAAUCUGCGAUACCAUCUACAACAACAACAGUUGUCGAAGAAGACUUUACCACUGAUGUGGGUGACCAAAUACCUACUGGGGCUUCCACACCCACUGCGACGAACAAGAACAUAUUCCUCGAUCUUUCGUCGCCUGUGGCAGAGUCUGGCACAAAUCUUUCUCAGGGCCAGCGACAGCUUCUUUGCCUCGCACGUGCUAUGCUUAAAGCCCCGAAAGUGCUUGUCAUGGACGAGGCCACAGCAUCCAUCGACUAUAACACAGACUCGAAGAUUCAAGAGACUAUUCGGGAACUGAAUACAACCAUCAUCACCAUAGCGCAUCGUCUUGCCACCAUUGUCGAUUACGACAAGGUACUAGUCCUGGACCAUGGGUCGGUUGUCGAAUAUGACCACCCCCAUGAGCUUCUGAAAAAGAAGACAGGAACAUUCAGAAGUAUGUGCGAGAUGAGCGGUGACUUGGACAGCUUGGAAAAGGCUGCCAAGAAAGCGUGGGACGACAAGAGACUCGUAGACGUCGAGUAGAAAGAGUGUCUCGAGCUUGUCUUCUCGAUGAAGUAGAUUGUGGAUAAAAUCAUCUAUUUGAACAACAGGUGCGCACACUCUGCACCGCCUAUUGGCUUCUAUUAUAUACUUGUUUCUUCUUGGCGCUACAGGUCAUUCGUGGGUAGAUGGAGGAGGCUAUGAUCCUCCUUGUCUGGUAGGUAGGUUACCUGCUUUGGGUUUGCUUGGCUUUUGUGGCAUUACCUAGACUUGUGCAAAACAAAAAGUCAGUACUUUGGUCAAUCAUAUAUGCAUAGUACAAUAGAUAUAUCAUUAUGAGCCACUUGCUGCUUAUCCCGU